UAAAAGCGCGGCCAGGCGGCGGGGCCGGAGGGGAGCCGGCAGGGGCGGCCGAGCUGGCAAAUGCUGCAGCUGCGGCUCAGCCCGCCCCGCUGCCCCGGGGCCGCCGCCUGCCCCAUGGCCGAGCCGGCCGCGGGCGAGGACACGGGCACCGGGCGAGCCUGGUUUCCGUGGCCGGGAGCCCCGUGACUGUGCUGGGCUCGGGCUGUGUCCGGGACAGGGAGUCGGCCCGAGCCACCGGAUCCAAGAGCUGCUGCCCUGAACCAGCCUGAGCCCGAGCCGCUGCUCCUGCUGGCCUUGGGCAAGCGCCAGGCUGAGCUGGAGAGCGAGAGCCGGAGCCAGCCCGGCCGUCAGGACCCUCCCGAUGUGCCACCACGUGCGGUCCCCCCGUUGUCCCCUUGGCUCAGGGCGAAUCCAUCCUUGACCCCCCAGCAGCUGAGCGCAGCCACGAUAAAAACAUCCGAGAGUUAAUGAGGGCGCUAAUUGACUUUAUCCCUGGCCGCUAAUCAGUGCCCAGCUCCGUGCCCCGCGCAGGGCUCGGAUCGAGCUCUCCGCAGCCCCGGGAACGCCGCUCCCGUCUCUCCAGGAGGAGCUCGGACUCUGCGCUUGCCAGCGCCGGGCUGGCGGCUGCCCGAGCCCUGCGCGGGGCUGUGAGCUGUUGGAGGGGUGAAAAGCCCCUCACGGUGUGAGAAGAAAGCCUGACACCCAGCUGGGACCUGGCCCCACGCUUCUCCAGGGCCCUGAGCUGAUGGGAGAGGGCAGAGCCCGAAACCCUUCCCUGUGCAGGGCAGAGCAAAGAAAUGCAGGACGUGGCUGUGAGACUUGAGAGCGCCCUCAGCCCGGGUGAAACGCUGUUGGCGGGGCGCUGAGAGGUGUUCAAUAAAAGCUCUUUGUCCUACAGAGGUGCUCGGCUCAUCCCCAAUCACCAUCGUGGUCACGUCCGAGGCUGACACCUGGGACAUCGACACCUCCUCCCUGGGCCUGGGCUGCGGGCCCUUCGUGGACUGGGACAAGAUGCCGGAGCCGGAGCAGCCGGCGCAGAUCCCGCAGGACGUCCUGGGCAGGCCCCCGAAGGAGCUGAAGAGGCUGGCGAGGGAAGGCUGCUGGGGCUGGAGCCACGCGGGCCGGGCCCGGCUCUACCCCCGGCUCAUCCAGCAGGUCUCCUGCCGCCUCGUCACCCCCGACGCGCUCGUCUACAGGGACGUGGCCGCCCGGCUCUUCGGGAAGCCCAGCGUGAGCUCCCACCCCCUGCCCGAGUUCCUGGAGGGCUGCCCCGUGCCCACCUACUGCCUCAGCCCGCGGGGGGUCACCGCCCUGAAGAAGAUCCUCAUCUGCGUGGGCGCCCUGUUCCCCGACAUCACCCACAGCCCCCUCCUGCCAGCCCUGGCCGCGCUGCUGCUGCACUACAGCGAGGACGAGGCCCAGUGCUUCGAGAGCGUCUCGCGCCUCAUCGCCAGCAACGCUCCCCACGCCGCCUACAUCGACCAGUCCUUCCUGGCCCACCAGGCCUCCUGCAUGACCUUCGGGGACCUGGCCAGCAAGCACUGCCCGGCAGCUCACAAGCUCAUCGCUGGUGCCGCCGAGAACGUCCUCGAGGUCUACUCGGAGUGGCUGUCGUGGCUCUUCCCCGGGCUGCCCUUCGGCUACGCCGUGCGCGUGCUGGACGUGUUCCUGCUGGAGGGCCAGAAGGUCCUGUACCGCAUCGCCCUGGCCCUGCUCAGGCACUUCAGGCUCUCGGUGGCCCCGGCCGGGCUGCAGGGCUCUGACAUCAAGGCAGAGCUGCAGGCUUUUGCCAGGAACAUCGCCGAGCACGUAACUGUGGACAAACUCCUGGAGAGAGCCUUUGGCAUCCGCCUCUUCUCCCGCAAGGAGAUCUGGCUUCUCCAGAUGGCCAACAGGAAGGCCUUGGUGGAGAGGGGCAUCACCGUGGUGCAGAGAAGGCCAUCCUUCCACCUGGCUGUGGACAUGCAGAACUUCAGCUCCAGCACCGUCACGGCGCAGGAGAUGCGCCUCGUCUGGUCCUGGAUCCCCGAGCGCUUCUCGCUCUUCCCCCCGCUGCUGCUCUUCUCCACCUCCGAGGACGGCUGCAGCCUGCAGAGGUUCUACACGUGCUGUGAGGGCUACGAACCCACGGUGCUGCUCAUCAAAACCACCGAGGGGGAGGUGUGUGGGGCGUUUCUCUCCUCCGACUGGAGCGAAAGGAAGAAGAGCGGAGCCACAUCGGGCUUUUUUGGGACAGGGGAGUGCUUUGUGUUCACUGUGCGCCCCGAGGCAGAGAGGUACGAGUGGGUGCUCAUCAAGAAGCCGGAGCUGGCCAAGGCCGUGCCGCGCUCCCGGCAGCGCUCGCCUUCCCCCGCUCCCGAAUCGCCGCUCGGCUCCUCCCGGGACAGCCCCAGCCCCAAGCACCUCGCCGUGCCCUCGCCGCAGAGGAGAGCCCGCCUGUCCCCGUUCCUGGCCAUCAGACACUUCCUCCUGCCCUCCAAAACUGCCUCCAUGUUCAUGGCCGGCUCCCGGGACGGGAUCGUCAUCGGCGGAGGGGGAGGCCAAGCCCUGUCCCUGGACGCCAGCCUGCUCUGGGGACACACGGAGCGCUGCGAGACCUUCGACAACCCCCCGCUGUGCCGGGAGCACUUCCAGGUGCAGCUCUUGGAAGUGUGGGGCUUUCGGAGCGCGUAGUUCCCUGCGGAGCCCCCGAG